GUUCAAAAAAUCUUUCAAUCUUUAUUGCAUUUUCCGUUCAUUACGCGUUUUUCAUAAUCUCUUUCUCCUCACUUUUCUCUCUUUUGUUUUUCUCAUUCAUUCAUUAUUACAACUUAUAACACACACGCACACACAUUCAGCAACACUUUCUUUGAUUUGAUCCUUUCUCUUCCAAAAUGGCACCAUCAACAAUCCGCAAAGCAAUUGGAGCAAUGAAGGAUCAAACAAGCAUCAGCAUAGCAAAAGUUGCUGGAAAUUUAGCACCUGACCUUGAAGUUUUGGUUGUCAAAGCAACAAGCCAUGAAGAAGUUCCUGCUGAUGACAAAUAUGUAAGAGAAAUUCUUAAUCUUACAUCUUAUUCUAAAGGCUAUGUCAAUGCUUGUUUAAUCUCAAUUUCUAAGAGAUUAACAAAAACUCGUGAUUGGAUUGUUGCUGUUAAAUCUCUUAUGCUUGUUCAUAGACUUUUGGUUGAUGGCCACCCUUCAUUUGAGUAUGAAAUUGUUCAUGCCACUCGUAGUGGAAUGAGGGUUUUUAAUAUGAGUGAUUUUAGAGAUGAGGCUCAUUCUAGUUCUUGGGAUCAUGCUGGUUUUGUUAGGGUUUAUGCAAUGUAUCUUGAUCAAAAGGUUGAAUUUUUGGUUUAUAAUAAGAAAUUGAAAGGUGUUGUUGAUUCUGGGGAUGGUGAAUUUGGUUCUGUGAAGAGGAAUGAGGAGAAGAGUGAUGUUACCCCUGUGAGGGAAAUGAAAGCUGAGAGGGUUUUGGAUAGGUUGAAGCAUUUGCUUCAAAUUCUCGACAGUGUAUUAGGUUGUAAACCACAUGGUGCUGCUAAGAAUAAUAGGUUAGUGUUGGUUGCGAUUUACCAGAUUGUGAGGGAUAGUUUUAAGCUAUAUGUUGAAAUUUGUGAUGUGUUGGGGGUGUUGAUGGAUAGGUUUAUGGAAAUGGAGUAUGCACAUUGUGUACAAGCCUUUGAGUUUUAUGUUAGUGCUUCCAAAAUGAUGGAUGAAUUGGCAGGUUUCUAUGGUUGGUGUAAGGAUACGGGUAUUGCUAGGUCCUCUGAGUACCCUGAAGUGCAGAAAAUCACUGACAGUCUUUUAGGGACACUUGAGGGUUUCUUGAAGGAAAUGAGUGAUAGAACAAAGAGUCCUGAGAAGAAGUUGGAGGUUAAGGUAAUAACUUUGAAAGAACAAGAGCCAGAAGCAUAUGCCAAUGAGGUGAAGGCUCUUCCAGCGCCUGAGGUGAAGAAUUUAACACCUCGACCGCAACAACCUCCUGUGGCUCUGCAGCCUAAAGAAACUCCUCGUGUUCAACAAGAGACAGGUGAAUUAGUGAACCUUAGAGAAGAUGGUGUUUCAGCUGAUGAACAAGGCAAUAAAUUUGCAUUGGCAUUGUUUUCUGGAGCUUCGACCGUCAAGACAGAAGGUUUGUGGGAAGAAUUUGGUUCAUCCAAAGUGACUUCAGCGUGGGAGACACCAGCGGCUGAAAUAGGGAAAGCUGACUGGGAAUUAGCAUUGGUGGAAACUAGCAGUAAUCUGUCGAAACAGAAAGCUGAUUUGGGAGGUGGCUUUGAUUCACUUAUACUAAAUGGGAUGUAUGAUCAAGGUGCUGUGAGACAACAUGUGAGCACAACUGAGGUGAGUGGUGGGAGUGCUAGUAGUGUGGCAUUACCAGGAGUUGGUAAGAGUGCGAUACCGAUUCUUGCUUUACCGGCUCCAGAUGGAACAAUGCAAGCUGUAGGAACACAAGAUCCAUUUGCAGCAUCACUGUCUGUGCCGCCACCUUCAUAUGUGCAAAUAGCAGAAAUGGAGAGGAAGCAGCACUUGCUAGUUCAGGAACAACAAUUAUGGCAGCAAUAUGGGAGAGAUGGGAUGCAAGGUCAACUGGGUUUAACAAGGGUUGGAGCUGGAUCACAACCUAUGAUGAGUUAUGGAAUGCCACAAUAUGGUGGGAUUGGACAACCUGGAGGCUAUUACAAUGCACCUUUUUGAAGUGUGGAACUUGUUGUGUCAAACUUUGAACCUGUUUGGAAUAUAGAAGUUUUUUUUUGUCUUUGCAGAUGGGAUACAUACAUAGUGAAUGAUAUGUUUUGAGACAAACUGUCAAGCUAGGAGGAGUUUGAUUCAUGAAAUUUGGCUCCUCUUAAAUAAGUCUUGGUUCAUAUACCGUGAAUUUGAAAAAACAGAUAUUGGGUUCAAACUAUUUUUAUGUAAUUUUUAUUGCGUACGAAAUUUAGGAGAGGGGUCAUGCCUAUUAUAAUGGAAUGACGAAGGAGCAAUUCAAGAAAAUGCAGGAAUUCAUAGCAGGAAGUUCCAAGAAUCAGUCGAAACUAUAGGUCUUUUAUUUGUGUUGCGUUGCCACACACUUUCCUGCAAUUUUCACUCCAUUAUGCGAAGACAUCCCACUCGAAUUUAUACACCAUUGAGUACUCAAACCUUUUAUGUUUGGAUAUUUUUUUUUCAGUGUACUAGCAUUCAUACAUUUUAUUGCUCUAAUUUGUAUAAAUUACCAAUAAUAGUUUUUAUGAAUUUUUUA